CUCUGUUCAUUUCAGUGAGCGGCAUGGAGCACAGCAGCUCUUGAGCACCCAGCAGCACACAGAAUGCAAGGAAUCUACCCCCUUGUUAUAGACCAACAGCCCAAGUACCAGGGCUGAGAGAAGAUCUGAGGAAACAAAGGGUGGAAUUAGAAACCAAACAAGGAGAAGAAAGACAAGGAGGAUCAUUGGUUGAGCAUUUGGCACUGGGGUUUAAAGUUGUCUUGUUGCCCUCUCUGAGUGUCCUGGAUCUUAGUCCUCUCCUCUCCAUCCCUGUGCAGACAAGGUCAUGGGGUGGCUGAGGAGACUGGUGCUCUCCAUGUGCAUGCUUCUCAUUUUGCUUCAUGGCGUGGAGCCGGCUGUACCCCUGCAGGAGUUCUACCCAUUUAGUCUGGAUGAGGGUGACUCCCAGACCAUCGAGCAAGAUGAUGGGGGUUCAGGACUGGUAGCAAUCUCUGUGGCUUUCCCUUUCUUCGGAGAACGGCACGCGGGACUCUAUGUCAACAACAACGGCCUGGUGUCUUUCCUGAGGGAGGUGUCCCAGUUCACCCCAGUGGCUUUCCCUAUUGCUGGAGACCGCAGGGUGGUGGCUCCAUUCUGGGCAGAUGUAGACAACCGACGGGCAGGAAAAGUUUUCUAUCGAGAAAGCAAAGAUCCUGCCAUCCUGAGAAGAGCCACUGCAGACAUUAAUCAUUACUUCCCUGAGUUCCCUAUGUUUGUCACUACAUGGGUGCUGAUUGCUACCUGGCAUCAAGUCACAUUUUUUGGUGGCAGCUCAAUAACUCCGGUCAAUACAUUUCAAUUAGUUCUCAUCACAGAUGGUGAGCUCUCCUUCACCAUUUUCCAGUACCACAAUAUUUCUUGGACAACAGGGAUGCAUGCCACCAGUGGUGGUGACCUAGCAGGCUUGGGGGGCAUAGCUGCACAGGCAGGUUUUAAUGCUGGCGAUGGGAGGCGCUAUUUCAACAUCCCAGGCUCUCGGACAGAUGAUAUUGUUGAAGUUGAAACCACCACAAAUGUGGGCUAUCCUGGUCGAUGGGCCUUUCGUAUUGAUGAUUCUCAGGUGCAAGUGGGCAGCUGCAAUGACUCAGCGUCGGUCUGUGCUAACUUAAGGCCCUGUCAAAAUGGUGGCCGUUGCAUUGAUGACUGCAUCACUGGAAAUCCCUCUUUCACUUGCUCGUGUUUGGCUGGCUUCACUGGACGCAGGUGCCAGAUAGAAGUUGAUGAGUGCUCAUCAUACCCCUGUCAGAAUGGAGGCACAUGUGUGGACAAGAUCAACCACUUCAUCUGCCUGUGUCCAGUGGGAUUCAUAGGGACAACAUGUGAGACAGACAUAGAUGAGUGCCAAGAGACCCCAUGCCUCAAUGGAGCACAGUGCAUACAGGGUGUCGGCAACUUCACCUGCGUAUGCCAAGCAGGUUACAUUGGGUUCCUAUGCGAGUCAGAUAUCAAUGAAUGUGCAUCCAUGCCAUGUUUGAAUGGAGGUGUGUGUGAAGACCUGGUGAAUAACUACACCUGCACCUGUACAGCAAACUUCACUGGAAGCCACUGUGAGACAGUUCCCUGCGAUGGAGAGAGUUGUGAAAAGCAUCAAAUCUGCGAGUACAUUGGCUCUGGAAACUACAACUGCACCUGCACCCCAGGUUACUACGGUGACGAUUGUGAAGAGGAGUGUCCCUGUCAGAAUGGAGGGGUUUGUGUUGAUGUCAAUGGCACCUGUGACUGUCCAACAGGCUUCACUGGACUCUACUGUCAGUUUGAAGUAACACAAACCCCCUGUAGUAACAACAGACCGUGUCCGGAUGGAGGUCCAUGCUUAGAGUAUGGUGGCACGUACCUCUGCACCUGCCAAACUGCUGUUGACUUUGAUCACAAGGACUUCUACCCAUAUGUACAGCCCCGAUCAGCCUGCGAUUCCUCACCGUGUCAGAAUGGAGGGUAUUGCUAUGAGAGAGACGGAGGCUACAUUUGUGAGUGCAAGCAUGGCUACAGAGGAAAGCAUUGCGAAAGAGUCAGAUUACGUAUCUGUGCCUCUAGUCCCUGUCGUAAUGGAGGCUCUUGCAAAGAAGAAGCUGACAGCUACCGAUGUGACUGUCCCUACCAUUUCACAGGGAAACACUGUGAAGUGGGAAAGCCAGAUCCUUGUGCCUCCAGUCCCUGUCUGAACGGGGGAACAUGUUUCCACUACAUUGGUAAAUACAAAUGUGAGUGCUCCCCAUCCUUCAUAGGAAGACACUGCGAGAUCAACAGAGGAUCCAAUCCGGCAUUAGAGGGUCUGGACUGUGGCCCCCCUGUGAAAGUCAAGCACGCAGAGGUGCAGUAUUCCUCCACUACUCCAGGCUCCAUGGCUUCGUAUGUAUGCCACCCAGGCUACACUCCCCUUCCAAGGGCCACCCAGAGCAUCUGCAGCAGCCAGGGGUCCUGGAGCCAGCCUCCAGUCUGUGAAGAGAUAAACGAGUGUUUGUCUCAUCCAUGUAUGAAUGGGGGAACUUGUCGUGAUAGGGUAGCCUCCUACCUGUGUGAAUGUGAAGAUGGUUUUACCGGCCAGCGCUGUCAAACAGACAUUGAUGAAUGCCUUUCUGAGCCAUGUAAGCACGGAGGUACGUGUGGGGAUCAGCCUGGCUCUUACUUCUGUCACUGCCAGCAGGGCUAUGCAGGACAGGACUGUGAGAUAGAACAGGAUGGAUGUGAGCCAAAUCCUUGCUUGAAUGGAGGUGUAUGCCGAGGCUACAGGAGGAACCACCUGUGUGUGUGUAAAGAAGGUUAUGUUGGAGACCGCUGCCAGACAUUGGAGAACCCUUGUGUCCUGCAGCCGUGCGGAAACCGAGGCGUCUGUUGGAGUGAUAGAAGGGGGAACUACAGCUGCGCCUGCAGGGUGGGCCACACAGGGAGAGACUGUGAGAGAGACCUGUUGCCUCCAUCUGGCCUGCAUGUGUUGCGGGUAGAAGAAAAUGAAGUUGAGUUACGAUGGGAUCAGUCAGAUGCCACUCAGAAUUUAAUCAGCGGCUUUGCAGUUGCCUUUGCUCCUAUUGGUCGUGGGCCGAGGAAGACAGACUACCUGGAAAAGCAGCAUUCUACCUAUGUACUACAGGGCCUGAACCCCGGACAGCUUUACAACAUCUCCACCUUCUCCGUUAAACGCAACACCAACAGCAAUGACAUAAGCCAGCCAGCUUUUGCUCUCAUCCGCACUAGGCCACAUAAGGUGGAACAGCUGGAUGUAGUGAAUGUGUCGUCCUCUCAGGUUUGGCUGCGGUGGCUGGUGCAUGUUGGCCGCCAUGCUGCGGUCAGUCAGGUUCGGGUGUCCCUGGUGCCUGCAGAUGGUAGUGGACCUCGCACAGCUGUGCUCAAUAGCAGCGUCACAGAGUACACCUUUAGCACAUUGCUCCCAGGUCAGAUGUACACAGUAGAUGUAGUCACGCAGAGUGGUUUGCGCCCUGAAGACCUACCAUCAACUAGCAAAUCUGCUGGGCCACUGCACUUCUGGACCAGACCGCUUCCACCUCAGAACCUUUCACUCUCCCACAUCACCACCACCUCUGCUCGGGUCACAUGGGACCAUCAUCCUCGGAGUCUUCCAGAUGGUUUUGUGGUCAAUAUUACUCAAGGCCUGAGCACCCGUAGCCGCUACCUACCUGAUGGAAGUUUAGGGACUUAUACACUACGAGACCUCAAUCCAGGACAACAUUACCGUCUUGCCCUCACUGCUGUACACAAAAUGGGCCAGGACAACAUUCAGAGCGUCCCUCAACACCUAGCCUUCACCACACUACCAGUUCCAAAGGGCAAAAGCAGCAGUGACAGACUUAAGGGAGGACAGGACUACCAGAUAGGACAGACCUUGACACAAGUUCAAGAUGGAGGCACAGAUGACCACACAGAACUCCUUGAAGAGCCCCAAAGAUAUACAGAGCUUAUUGACAGAAGAGGGAGAAUUACAGCUAAAUUUACCAACCUUCCACAUAAAACCAUCAGACACCACACAAAGCCUGACCCUCCAAUCAAAUUAGAAAGGAUGGAAGAAACCACCAAUAAGAUUAGUCUAGCUCUGGAAAUUCCUGAAGAAGCAACAACGAGUAAAUCUGAGUCAUCCCAAGACUGCAGAACUCAGCCCUGCCAGAAUGGUGGAACAUGUGCGCAGAUCAACGAGUCGUUCGGCUGCAACUGUGCCGCUGGUUUCAAGGGCAGACGGUGUGAGCUAUAUUGUCAGCGAGUACCUCACCCAUGUACUCGCCUUUACUCCGAAACAAAGAGUGUGCCUGCGUGGGAGGAUGGUGUCUGCCAUUAUUUGUACAAAAGGACAUAUAAAGUUCAGCAGGAUGUUUGUUUUAGAGAGAUAUGUGAGCCUUUGCUGCCUAAGAAAGUACUGCCCAAGACUCCAAACAGAAGAACUCAAAAACAACAACAAUAGUGCUUUGGGGAGUAAUUGCUUCUCUUAGUCUUAGUUUAAAUGAGGAUGCAUUACCAUCAUUGUUGACCCUUUUUUUUUUUUGCAUCACUGGUCACCUUUUAUUGGCUACAUUGUCCUAUGGAUGUAUAUUUGUUCAUUUACAACUCCAGAUCUGUAGAUGAGCUUGACCAUAUGAUUUAGGAUUUAUCUGCAUCAAAUAGCAUACCUCAAAUGUAAAUAUGAUGUGAUAUUGACAUGUAGUGGUCGUCAAGUCCCUCAGGGCAUUUUUUUGAAUUAUUGCCUGUUCAGUCUCCAAAACCUACAAGUAUUUGCAUUCAACCAUUCAUUCAAACCUGGUUCUCUCCUACAGCUAGAUCACACAAAAUACUGGAAAAAAUGUCAUACCAUUGUUUCUGUUUGUGUUACAGAAAGCUGUCUGCUAGCUACCAUGUAAAUAGUGU